AUGGUACAGGGAGAAACUGGGACAGAAGGCAAGGGUGUUCCCCCGGAUGUGCCAGAGUAUACUGACAACGAGAACCGGAACGACGGAAGUACACAUGCAAAUGGCAGUAAGACAGCUCCGGAUAAAAGUAAGGUCAAACGUCAACUGUAUGAUAGAUCUGCAUCGACUCAAAUUAAACCUUCGGGCCUCUACUAUGACGUGCCAGACAACCCACCCAUACACCUGGCCACUAUGUUUGGUUUUCAGAUUGCAAUGACUAACAUCUUCUCAUGUGUAAAUAUGGCUGUUAUUGUGUCGAAGUUCAUUUGUUCGGAUCAAGAAUUUGCGGCGUCUCUGUACUCCACCACAUCUGUAAUGUCAGGCAUCUGCACGAUUCUGCAAACAUCCCUCGGUGUAAGAUUGCCCGUGUUCCAAGGCCCAUCCAUCCUCUUCACCCUGCCCUAUAUGAACGCCGCCACAGAACCUGCUUGGGGAUGCCAGUCUGAAAUCACAGACUUUAACUCAUCUUUGUUAACCAAUGGUACGAUAUCUCAAUCACGCGAGCAACCUUGGCUGACGCAGUGGAACAAGAUCCAAGGCUCUCUCAUGGCGGCUUCCGGUUUGCAGAUCGUGAUUGGUGCAUUCGGCCUGGGCGGGUUGUUGCUGAGGGCCAUGGGACCAAUCUCCAUCACGUGUCUCAUUCUGCUCCUGGGACUUUCCAUUCAGAGUUUAAUCUCUGUUGUCGCUGAGAUCCACUGGGGAAUGUCGUGUUUAAACAUCGUCAUCAUCAUCAUUAUAUCUCAGUACGUGAACAGGUAUAACGUACCAAUGCCCACAUGGAGCAGGCGAGGUGGAUUCAAAUUUGUGCCCUUUCCGUUGUUUGAACUAUUCCCGGUGUUACUCUCUGUGAUCAUUGGUUGGGUUAUCUCCUAUAUCUUCACCGUCUGUGGACUUUUCCCGGAUGACAGUAGUGUUCUGCAGUAUCAAGCCAGGACAGAUUUUGCCAUCGAUUCAGUACGGAACGCUCCAGUAUUUACCGUCCCAUAUCCAGGUCAGUAUGGAGCCCCGUCUAUAAAGUUGUCGUACUUCGUCAUGAUCGCUGUCGUGGUUUUGGCCAGUAUUCUGGAGUCUGUGGGUGACUAUGUCCAGACGACCGGACCCAGCCGCGUUGCUGUUCCACCCCCACACGCCAUCAACCGAGGCAUCAUCAUGGAAGGAUUGGGAAGUUUUCUCUCGGGGGCGAUGGGCGCCGGCCACGCUACCACGUCCUACAGCAACACCAUCGGUAUGAUCGGCAUCACCAAGGUCGCCAGCAGGCGUGUGUUUAACAUCGCUGGUCUCAUCAUGAUCCUGAUGGGCGUGUGCGGCAAAUUAGGCGCUGUCUUUGUCGCCAUUCCCAAACCUGUUCUCGUUGGUCCUAUAUUCAUUGCCAUCUCUCUUCUCGUUGGCGCGGCCUUGUCCAAUCUAAAGGCAGUAGACUUGUGGUCAAGUCGGAGUCAAGGUGUUCUGGGCAUCGCCAUCAUGGCUGGAACAGUCUUUCCCACUUGGUUACAACAACAUCCGGGAACUUUUAAAACAGGUGUGCAAUUGGUUAAUUGA